CACAGCUACGCUUUUAAUUCGUCAUUACAAGGCGCCACUGAAAAGGUAUCAAGAUCCAGCUUAAGUACAUAAGACAGCCACCUUUCCCGAGCAAUGGCGGCAAAUCCACCCGGACAGGGAUUUCAGAAUAAAAAUCGAGUUGCCAUCCUUGCAGAGCUGGACAAGGAAAAGAGAAGACUGAUACAGAAUCAGUCCCUGAAUAAUCCUGGAGCCAGCAUUCCCCUGUCAAGACCCGCCCUGAACAAGGACUUCCGUGACCAUGCCGAACAGCAGCACAUAGCAGCCCAACAGAAGGCAGCUCUGCAGCACGCGCAUGCACACUCCUCUGGGUUCUUCAUAACACAGGAUUCUUCAUUCGGAAACCUCAUCCUUCCUGUCCUGCCUCGACUCGAUCCAGAAUAAUGCAGCACGAAGAUUUUCACGGCACAGGGUCCAAGACUGUGACUUUGAUUACAAGCUUGGGAACAGGCUGGUGUCUGACUUACACCACUGAAAUGACUUACAUGGAAGGAACUGUAAAUUCUGUGUCUAUUUAAAACAAAUCAUUAAUUUGUGGUCUUCAGCACCAAGUCUGCUUUGUUAGCCAAGUGGGAGAAAGAGCAUUCCCAUAUUAUCAGUGCAUAGCCCUGAAGAGUCCUGUAGAGCAGUUUUGGACUUUAAAUUUUCAACCGAGAAAAUUGUCAGCAUUUACGUUUUCAGCUAUAGAAGACAUUUAACAACACCUUUUAUUUCUGCAUUUCUGGUGUUUUGAUUUCUGGAAAAUUGGAAGCAAUUUUCAUUUUUUAAUAAAACGUUUAACUUUUUUCAUGGAUGGAACUGUUCCAAAUCUGUCUUAAUUUGAAUAAAUACAAAAUAUGUACAUGUGAAUGUUGUAAAGGAAUUAAGUACGUAUACAAAGACCAUAUAGAAAGUGAUUGGUUUUUGCUUAAGGAAGAUUUUCAUACACCAGUACGUUCUUUUACCCUGGUUAUACUUGUAAUGGAAAUCUGUUUUUUUUUAUCAAGUUUCGAAAUACUGUACUUCUGUGAGUCUCUGAAUUCUAUGUUUGACCUCACAAUGAAAUAUAUAAUCAGAUGGUUAUUUUGGUACUUCUUCAUCUGCCAUCUGUCUCUCACUGGCCCUGACUGCACGUGGGCCUUGUUGUUUUUUUACAUUGUGAAAUCAGUGUUUUCACAGAAAACAGAAUCCAGACUGCUACAUCCCUCGUUUUGUACGAUACCAUGUGCAUGUUUUCUGAAUGUUAUAGUUGACAAAUGACAUUAAUAUGUCUGCUUGACUUCCAAUCCUGAAGCUGAACUGAAGUGCAGGUUCUGGAAAAUCUUCACUCGAAUUCAGGACUGUCUCCAAAGACAGAGUGUGCCUCAUAUUUAAUUACAGCUUGUCUUUGUUGUGUGUUCUGUGAUUUGAAUAUCGAUUUAUGCUGUGUGCCAUUAUCUGCGUAUGACAGAUAUAUAUAUAUAUUUUGCAGGCACCUAGUUUUAUAUUUAGAAAUGAAUAGAAUUGUGGAAGCAAAAAGCUGAUUCUGAAAAUUUACCACAUAGAAAAAUGUUUUGUUACUAAUAUAAAGUGCUUGAAAAGCUUGUGGAAUGAAUAAGUAAAAUGGUACAAUGUUCUACUGUAUAUGGACUUAGUGUGGAAACUCCUUUUGAGUUCUAUAACUGUUGAUUCUGCCAGGGAUCAAAAGAAUCCCUCACCAGUUACAGUUUGGGGCAGUGUGUAAUAUGUGCACGCUUAUGAGUUUGCAUAAAAUACCAAAUCCUGCCUCCUCCCAUUACUGCACUUGUCAGGAUUUCACACAUACAGAAUCUGCCUCCUGCAGGACCAUUAGGAUCAGAUCCUGUUCAACAUAAAGGGAUGUUGUGGUCUCUUUUUUGUGUGUUGGGUCACAGGUUGCGAUUAAUAUAGUUAAUUUGGCAGCCUUCCUUUAAGCAGUCACUUAAGGAACACUCACAGGAGGACAUCUGCUAAUUUCAGCUACAUUUUCUUCAAAAUGCAAAAAUACCUUGACAACUACUGAAAAGAAUAAAUGACCUGAAUGGUU